CUUGAUCUGUCACGAUUCCUGAUGACCGGCGCUGAUUUUGCCAUGUUUGGCUGGUUAUUUGCAGUUGUGGAAAGAGCUAUUGCUACAAUAUUCUCUGGAGUUUACGAAAUCCGUUACGCUGCGUGCACCAUUGGCGUUCUGCUAACCGUAUCACUCAUGUGUAUGUAUCGCUAUUGCCAAAAAUCUUGCAGCGAUUUUGCAUCAUCGAUUUAUCGAACAAUUCCAGCAUGCGAUCUGGACAUCUACGUGAUUGCCGUGAAUACUGUUGUUGUAAUUCUCUGUGUUAUUGCUCUCGGUGGAAUAAUCAAAUUCAACGACUCGAAGUACCGUAAACGUCAUGAAUCUAUGAAACGGCUAGCAGAGAAGUAUCAGUUGGCCGAAAAUAUCCGAAGCGCCAAAUAUUUGAUAUGUAUUGCGAUCAACGACUUUGUCUGCAGGGUAAGGCUUCACUUCUAA